CGCGUCGACAAAAUUAAACUAAUUUACCCGUCUUUCUGCUUUUCAGCUUCUAUUGUCGACGUGUUGGGAUAGGCGCGGCCGCCAAAUUCUGCUCUGCCGGCCCGUCAGCAGCUCGCCCCCAGCUGUACCUGCUUGCCCGUACUCUUCUUCCCGUUUCCGUUCCUCUUCUGGGGCCCGCUGCUCUGCUCACCUCAUCCUACAAAAUUGUACAGACUACCUACCUUUUUAUCUACUGCCUUGCCUUAUUAGUACCUUGACCCUGCCAGCCCAAGUACUAGCACUACCUUACAUAUCGCGCCUUUGCCGCUUUCCUACCGGCAGCCAGCCAUCCGUCGUCGACAGCGUUGCUUUUUCUUCUCUCGCCUUCUUCUUUUCCUGUUUCUGCCCAUUCCCGCGACUGCGCUCUGGAAGCCCGACCGCCUCGAAGAAAAAGCUCGACCCUUCGUCGCCCAUGUCGCGGCAUCUCCCGCACAUCCCCCCAAGCCCAUGCUUGUCGUGCCACCGGCACGUUUGAAAAACCGGUCGCUUGAACCAUGUGGCGCCGCACCUAUCUACUGCUCGUCCUCAUUCGGCUGUGGUUUGCCCUGUCGCCCAGCUAUUUGCACCCGGACGAGAACUUCCAAGGGCCCGAGGUCAUUGCUGGCCAAAUUUUCAGCUACCCGGUCCGACGCACAUGGGAAUUCACGAGCGACCAUCCGAUACGAAGCGUCUUCCCUCUAUGGCCCGUCUACGGGCUGCCGAUGCUGCUGCUGCGCUGGCUGUGGAUCGGUAACGGCCAAGAUGGCGAAAUACCCCCCAUUGCCGUCUUCUGGACGCUCCGGGUCCUCAUGUUCCUCAUCAGUUUCGUCCUCGAGGACUGGGCGCUGCACGAGCUGAUACCUUCGCCGCGACAUCGCCGCGUCGCCGUCCUCCUUGUCGCAUCGUCCUACGUCACCUGGACGUACCAGACCCAUACAUUUUCCAACUCGAUCGAGACCUUGGUCGUGGCCUGGAGCCUAGUGCUGAUCCAGCGCAUCGCGGAUGAUCAGCAACAGUCGUCUCUCAUGGCGUCUACGGUUCUUGGCAUCGUCGCCGUCUUCGGCAUCUUUAACCGCAUCACCUUCCCAGCUUUCCUCUUAGUCCCUAGUCUUCGUCUGAUACCCCAUUUCUUGAAAAAGCCUUUGUCGCUCGCAGCCCUGGUCUCGGCCGCAGCCCUUACUACCAUAAUAGCGAUCGCGCUGGAUACCGCUUUCUACUCAUCAGAGCUCAUCACCUGGGCGCACCUAAUCACAAAACCCGUCAUCACUCCCCUGAAUAAUUUCAAGUACAACUCAUCUACCGACAACCUAGCUCAACACGGCCUUCACCCGUGGUACCAACACCUUCUGGCCAAUCUCCCCCAGCUCCUUGGGCCAGCUGCGGUGCUACUCUUCACUCAGCCUCAUCUAUCGAUCCGAUUGUACUCUGCUAUCUCGGGGCUUGCGGUUCUGUCGUUUUUCCAACAUCAGGAAGCACGGUUUCUCCUGCCGACAGUCCCUCUAAUCCUUUCCUCUGUCCAGUUGCCCAAGAAUAAGACAGUGCUGCGGGCCUGGACUGCAUCAUGGGUCCUUUUCAACCUGUUCUUUGGCAUCUUGAUGGGCAUCUACCAUCAGGGGGGUAUAGUACCAGGACAAGUCUUUAUGAGCAAACAGCCAGACGCCACCAACGCCAUCUGGUGGAAAACUUACACCCCGCCUAUAUGGCUGCUCAACGGCAAGAACGAAGUCCUAACGACCAAGGACGUAAUGGGACUCAAGGGUGACGCUCUGCUGCAGCAGCUCACGCAGCUUGCAACCUGCGAUGUCCCCGCCGACAGGCGGAACAAGGAGUACUUGAAGGAGAAGAAUGGCACAUACUUGAUCGCCCCUGCGUCGGCAACCUGGCUGGAUCCGUACCUGCCCAACAAGGGGCUUCAGGGGCUGCGCUUCCGAGAGGUCUGGCGGUAUCGCAAGCACCUGAACCUGGAUGACAUGGAUUUCGGCGAUGACGGGAUCUGGAACACCCUCGCACGGGUUAUUGGCAGGAGAGGCCUCAUUGCGUGGAGGGUCACCAAAAGCUGUUGAAUAUGAUUAUAGCGAUAGAGAAAAUCUUACAAUCAACAUCCAUCAUCUUGUGCAUCCGCGGCUACUUUACGCGUCUCGAUAGCUGGCACCGGGUGCUGGGAGGGGCUGCUUCGAAUCACU